AUGGCUCUCCGACCGCAACAGACUGGUGUUCUGACACGACUGAUACGGCCAACAACAUUACAGUCCACGGUCACAUCCGCCCAUGUUCGCCACUAUAGUGCCCCUCCCGAUGGAGCAAUUCCCGCCGCAAAGCAGAAGUAUGUGCCUACACAUGGCAUAUACCCUAGAGGAUUCCUCGUCUCGGGGACUCAUGUUGGAGUCAAGCCUACCAACAAGAGCACACCAGAUCUAGCCUUUCUCGCCUCAGAAACACCAUGUGCGGCUGCGGCAGUAUUCACGAAGAAUAAGUUCCAAGCGGCUCCUGUAACUGUCAGCAGAGAAAUGCUAAAGCGGAGGAAUAAUGCUGGAAUCCGGGCUGUCAUCAUCAACUCUGGAUGUGCAAAUGCGGUGACUGGGAAGGGUGGUUUGGAAGAUGCGGAAAAGAUGGUGGCAGAAGCUGAUAGAUGUUUUGAUCUACCUACGGAUGGAAAGGGAGGAAGUUCUAUAGUUAUGAGUACCGGCGUGAUUGGCCAAAGACUACCGAUUCAGAAGAUCCUGCACAAGAUACCCUCAGCUUAUUAUGCUCUGGGGACAUCCCAUGGCCAUUGGUUAUCUACGGCACGAGCAAUAUGCACGACUGAUACUUUCCCCAAGCUUAUUUCACGAACGUUCUCCCUACCAUCCUCCCCCACCGUCGAGUAUAGAAUAGCGGGGAUGACGAAAGGGGCUGGUAUGAUACACCCAAAUAUGGCAACUCUAUUAGGGAUGAUUGCUACGGAUGCUCCAAUUGCACCGGCGCUCCUUCCUAAGCUGCUUACCAAUGCUGUCAACAAGUCCUUCAACAGCAUCUCCAUCGAUGGUGAUACCUCUACUAAUGAUACAGUUGCCGUCCUAGCUAACGGUGCUGCUGGAGGGCAAGAAAUCACGUCAGAAUCUUCCGAUGACUACAAUGCUUUCCAGAAAACAUUGACAGAAUUUGCUACAGACCUUGCCAAACUUGUAGUUCGGGAUGGUGAGGGAGCAACCAAAUUCGUCACCAUCCGUGUGACGGAAUCACCGUCCGAGGUUGGUGCACGAAAAGUUGCUAGCACCAUUGCAAGAUCUCCCUUAGUCAAGACAGCCUUAUAUGGAAAGGACGCAAACUGGGGCCGCAUACUUUGUGCUACUGGUUAUUCACAAAUUUCUGAACCAGGCAUGCCGGUUACUGAUGUUCCGGAAAUUGUCCCCGAAAAGACGAGUGUCUCGUUUAUUCCUACCGACGGAUCUCCUGAACUCAAACUGCUUGUCAAUGGUGAGCCAGAGACUGUAGAUGAGGUUCGCGCUGCAGAGAUCUUGGAGCAUGAGGAUCUAGAAAUAUUGGUCAGAUUAGGGGGUGGUAAGGAAGAAGCUGUCUAUUGGACGUGUGAUUAUAGUCACGAGUAUAUCACUAUCAAUGGAGACUACCGCACAUAA